AGACACAGCACCUGGAAGUUGGUGUGAUUGCCCUUUGAGAAUGGGCACUGCCAUAUCCCCGGGAGGCCCUGUUUGUGAUGUGCCUGGGAUGCUGUGGUUGGCCUUAGGUGUGCUUCUUGCUCCUGGCACUGCCAGGGCCAACGAGUACGAUUAUGUGAGUUUCCAGUCUGACAUCAGCUCUUACCAAAGCGGGCGGUUCUACACCAAGCCCCCCCAGUGUGUGGCCAUCCCUGCUGACCUGCGUCUGUGCCACAGCGUGGGCUACGACAAGAUGGUCCUGCCCAACCUCCUGGACCACGAGACCAUGGCCGAGGUGAAGCAGCAAGCUAGCAGCUGGGUGCCUUUGCUCAACAAGAACUGUCACAAAGGUACCCAGGUCUUCCUUUGCUCCCUCUUUGCCCCGGUCUGCCUGGAACGGCCCAUCUACCCUUGCCGCUGGCUCUGUGAGGCGGUGCGUGACUCCUGCGAGCCUGUCAUGCAGUUCUUUGGCUUCUACUGGCCGGAGAUGCUCAAAUGUGACCAGUUCCCACAGGAUGAAGUGUGUAUUGCUAUGACGGGCCCCAAUGCCACAGAGGCAUCGAAGCCUCAAGGCACGACUGUGUGUCCUCCUUGUGACAAUGAGAUGAAGUCAGAUGCUAUCCUUGAGCACCUGUGUGCUAGUGAAUUUGCUUUGAAGAUGAAAAUAAAGGAGGUAAAAAAAGAAAACGGAGACAAGAAAAUCAUCCCAAAGAAGAAGAAGCCUUUGAAGUUGGGCACCAUCAAAAAGAAAGACCUGAAGAAGCUGGUGCUGUACUUAAAGAACGGAGCGGACUGCCCUUGCCACCAGCUGGACAACCUGAGCAACAACUUUCUCAUCAUGGGGCGCAAGGUGAAGACCCAGUACCUGCUGACAGCUAUUCAUAAGUGGGAUAAGAAGAACAAAGAGUUCAAAAAAUUCAUGAAGAAAAUGAAAACCCCUGAGUGUCCUACAUUCCAGUCAGUCUUCAAGUGAUUGGUUGCUGCCAGAUUUGGAACUCCUUGCUGGCCCUGAACUUGCACAGAUCUUGACUUGGUGGCCCAUACAUUUUGGCUCCUUCUGCCAUAGCAGACGCUCUCCCUUAAAUCUGUUGUGUUUCUUUUUCUUUGUGUUUGUAGAUCUUUCUGUUUCUCACGCCUCCCCUUUCCUGGCCCCUGUUACAUCCCCAUAGGAGACUGUGCAAAGGUAUGUAGGUAG